CUAUUCUGCUUUUAAGAGUGACCUCGGCACUUCCACCGCUGAGCUCUGUGAACAAAGUGCACUUCUAAACAAACACCAAUAAUCUAAUCGAUGUAACUAUCUUGUGACAAUGUUCCCCUAAAUCCUCCACCAUAAACAUGAAGAUCCUUCUAGUUUGGGCUUUUUUGACGAUCUCGUACCGUCUCCCCCAGGCAGGAGAGUGUGCAUCAACGCACGAUCCAGUUCUCCCAGCCACCCCCUCAACACGAGAGCAGCUGGACACCUUGAGGGACAUAGCUCGUCUUAAGGAACAAAAUGAGCUAGCAUCAUUGCUGCCUGGGUCGCCGCAGUUUUAUCAAGUGAAGGAUGUCAUCCUGCGGGUUUUCUUUGGUAACGCAUCUGAAGAAGAUGAGGAUUUGCUGCAGAGCAGCACAGCAAACCAGGAGGAGUUCAACCGCACCAAGGAGUUAAUUGAGGCACAGAAAUCCUCUGCUACCUCAGUUAACAUCUCAAGUUUCUAUGAGAGGUAUCACCCUCUGGAAGAGAUCUAUGAGUGGAUCAACCUGACUGCCCAGACGUACCCUGACAGAGUUGAAACCAUCUUAAUUGGCAAGUCUUUUGAACAAAGGCCACUUUAUGUCCUGAAGCUGACUGGAGACAAGAAAGCUGAUAAGAAAGCAAUAUGGAUCGAUUGUGGCAUCCACGCCAGGGAAUGGAUCUCCCCGGCCUUCUGCAUUUGGUUUGUGCAUCAUUCCUUGAUAAAUUACAAGCAAGAUGGAAACAUUACUGAUAUACUGGAUAACAUGGAUGUCUACGUCCUCCCUGUUAUGAACCCUGAUGGAUACAAAUUCACGUGGCUUCCCAUGCAUUUACCCUGGAACCGGAUGUGGAGGAAGAAUCGCUCGUACAGCGAGGACAGGCUGUGUGUUGGAGUCGACCUCAACAGGAACUUUGAUGCCAACUGGUGCACGGAGGGGGCCUUGAAUAAUACAUGUUCGCAGAUCUACUGUGGCUCAUCCCCUCAUUCGGAGCCAGAGACCCAGGCUGUGACCGACUUCCUGCGCAGCCGCAACGGCUCCGUACAGAUAUAUUACACCAUCCACUCCUACUCUCAGCUGCUGCUCUUUCCUUACGCCCACACUCUGGAGAAACCACCAACUCAUGAUGAACUGAAUGAACUGGUAAAAGAAGCAGCUGAGAGGAUCAAAACAUUCUCCGGGAAUACAUAUGAGUAUGGAGCUUCAGCAACAAGAACAUAUGUGGCUUCCGGUGGUUCUACUGACUGGGCCUUCAACCAAGGCAUCAAAUACGUCUUCUCCUUUGAGCUCCAGGACCAAGGAGAUUAUGGCUUCCUCCUGCCGCCGUCUCUCAUAUCCCAAGCUUGCCAGGAAGCUCUGAUUGCUGUUGAGACAAUUUCCCUCAGAGUCAUUGAGAAAUCGAACCGUGACAGUCAGUAGACCGCUGACGUCAGAGCUCUGAGCUCAUUUCAACAUCGACCCGAUGUUGAUCUUGUGGUGCUGCGAACCAGUUUAAUGAGAACAGAGUGGAACAAAACGUGAUCGUACUUUUAACAGAGUCAAAUGGAACAGAUUCUGAAUCCACUGCACUUCUAAUUUAUAUUCAACACAGUGCAUCAGAGUCCAUUUACAAGUA